UCGCGUAUAACACGUUCAUUUCUAACUCGUCCAUAAUAUACUAUUCAUAAUAAAACUUCUACACCUUUCUUCUCCAUAGGUUCUUGAUUUUGCUGCAAUUUUGUCUUUCCGAUAACCUCCAAAUUAUUCUUGGAUUAAUCGAAGGUUUAUCUCGAUGUCGGUUAAAACAGUGCAAGUGAGCAAUGUUUCUUUGAGUGCUAAAGAGCUUGAUAUCAAGGAGUUCUUUUCAUUCUCUGGGGAUAUUGAAUAUUUAGAGAUGAAAAGUGAGAAUGAGCGAUCUCAAGUUGCUUAUGUCACGUUCAAGGAUCCUCAGAGUGCAGAGACUGCAGUUCUUCUUUCAGGAGCUACAAUUGUUGAUCAGCCCAUCUCAAUAGUCCUUGCACCCGAGUACAAGCUCCCACCUACUGCUUCAGUGCCACCAACUCCAACUGGAAGCACCAACGCCCCUGUAAUUGAAAAGGCAGAGGAUGUGGUCAGUAGCAUGUUGGCAAAGGGCUUUAUUUUGGGCAAGGACGCAGUUGGCAAAGCCAAGGCAUUAGACGAGAAACACAAGAUCACAUCUACUACCUCAGCCAGAGUUGCUUCUUUAGACCAAAAAUAUGGCCUUAGCGAGAAAAUCACUACGGGGGCAACCAUCGUGAACCACAAAGUGAAAGAAAUGGACCAGAAGUUCCAGGUCUCUGAAAAGUCAAAAUCUGCUUUUGCAGCUGCCGAGCAGACUGUUAGCAAUGCCGGAUCCGCCAUCAUGAAGAACAGAUAUGCUUUGACAGGGGUAACUUGGGCUGCAGGUGCCUUUAAUCGGGUCACUAGGGCUGCCGGGGAAGUUGGACAGAAGACAAAGGAAAAACUGGCUGAAGAAGAAAGAAGAACUUUUACAAGAGGUCAUGCGGAAGAACAAACUGCAACUUCUACAAAAGGUAAUGUGCAAGAACAUGUUGCAACUUCUACAAAAGAUAAUGUUCAAGAACAUGUUGCAACUUCUGCAAAAGGUCCUGUGCAAGAACUUGCAGCAACUUCUGCAAAAGGUGAUGUGCAAGAACUUGCUGCAGCUUCUGCUAAAAGUGAUGUGCAAGAACAUGCAGAGUCCCAAACCAGAAUUGAGGAACCACCUACCAUUCCAUCUCUCCCCCCAAAAGCUUAAUCCUACACUAUUUUAAAAGUAAAUGCGCGAUUUACGCUUGUUUGUUAUUCAGAAUUGAGCAACUUAUUAUCUAUGGUUGAUCUUAAAUUAAUGUGCUAUUUAUACAUGGAAUUUUCUGUA